AUUGACAACGUAACUAUUCACAAUAAUAAAUGUCAAGUAAUCUAUUCAUUCAUUGAACACACGUUCACGUUGCCGAACAAACGAAUUUUGAUCUGGAGAAGAAAAGUGAGCAUUGCUCAAGUUCGCUCGGCAUAGAUGAGUAGUGUACAAAAUAACUUAUGGUAGCAUUCGCAUUAACAACACAGAUUUAAGAAACACAUUGCAAUACUAAACACAGACGUUAUUUGCCAACACUUCCCUGCCAGUGAAUACAACUUACCAAAAACGUAAUUAUGGUCCAAUACAACGCCGCUCAGCGAAAAAAUGUUCGCAUAUUGUUGGUUGGCGAUCCYGGUGUGGGUAAAACAUCACUUAUACUUUCACUUGUAAGCGAAGAAUUUCCUGAAGAUGUUCCUCCAAAAGCUGAGGAGAUAACAAUACCCGCUAAUGUAACACCUGAACAGGUGCCUACGAAUAUUGUCGACUAUUCAAACACCGAGCAAACAGAUGAAACUCUGAACGAGGAGAUCGUCAAAGCACACGUUGUAUGUAUUGUGUAUAGUGUGGAAGAUGAAGAUUCACUUGAUCGCAUAACAUCGCACUGGCUGCCUUUAAUACGAACCGCAAUUGGAGAGGACCAACAACGUAAGCCUGUGGUGCUGGUUGGCAAUAAAGUUGAUCUGAUCGAGUAUUCAACCAUAGAUAGUGUGUUGACAAUAAUGGAAGACUUUCCCGAGGUUGAAAGCUGUGUGGAAUGCUCUGCCAAAACGCUACAUAAUAUUUCCGAAAUGUUCUACUAUGCGCAAAAGGCUGUUCUACAUCCAACUUCACCGCUUUAUAUAAUGGAAGAGCAAGAUCUUACGCCGGCUUGCAAGAAAUCACUUGUUCGCAUAUUCAAAAUAUGUGAUAUCGAUGGUGACAAUCUGCUCAAUGAUUAUGAAUUGAACUUGUUUCAACGUCGUUGUUUCAACACACCCCUACAGCCACAAAUACUAGACGAAGUCAAAGUUGUUAUACAGAAGAAUAUUCCAGAUGGCAUCUUCCACGAUGCAGUUACACUUAAGGGCUUUCUUUUUCUGCACUGUUUGUUCAUACAGCGCGGACGUAAUGAGACCACAUGGGCUGUGCUACGUCGCUUCGGUUACAAUGAACAGUUAGAAAUGUGUAAGGAUUAUUUGCGGCCAACUUUGAAAAUACCACCYGGUAGUAGCACUGAGUUGUCACAUCGCGGUCAACAAUUUCUUACAGCGCUGUUCGAACGUUACGAUAAAGACGGCGACGGCGCAYUAUCACCGGAAGAGCAUAAAAUGAUUUUCAGUACAUGCCCAUCAGCGCCUUGGUCAUAUUCGACAGAUAUACGUAAAUCAUGCCCCACCAACGAUCAGGGUUGGGUGACGUUGCAUGGCUGGAUGUGUCGCUGGACUUUAAUGACGCUUAUYGAUGUCUUAAAAACACUAGAAUACUUAGCGUAUUUGGGCUUCAAUGUKCAUGAGAACGAAAGUCAGUUGGCGGCGAUACAUGUGACACGCGAACGACGUAUUGAUUUAGCCAAACGACAAAGUAGUCGAUCCGUGUAUAUGUGUCAUGUGAUUGGUCCGAAAGGCGCUGGUAAGACGGGGUUGUGCCGUGGUUUCUUAGUAGAGGACAUGAAAAGUCUGAUUGGUAAAGAAUUCAAGACUAAUGUGGUGCAUUGUGUCAACACUGUGCAGGUUUAUGGUCAAGAAAAGCAUCUCAUACUACGUGAUAUAGACGUAAAGCAUGCGCUAGACCCAUUGCAGCCGCAGGAGGUGAAUUGUGAUGUCGCUUGCCUCGUGUAUGAUUCAUCCAAUCCGCGUUCGUUCGAGUACAUUGCACGCAUAUACAUCAAAUAUUAUGCGGAGAGUAAAAUCCCAGUGAUGAUUGUUGGCACCAAAGGUGACUUAGAUGAGCGGCGGCAAGAUUACUUACUGCAACCGUCAGAGUUUUGUACCAAAUAUAAACUACUGCCACCACACCUGUUCAGCUUGAAGAGUAAUAAGAAGGAGGUUUACACGAAAUUGGCAACCAUGGCGGCAUUCCCUCGCUUUCAAGCCGCAUGGAUACUCUUUUACAAGCACAGGUUGGUACAGCUGUGGGAAUCAGCACAUCUACGUCAGUUCGGUUUGAUGACAGAGGAUCCGACACUUUGGUGGAAAGCCGGUUUAGGUGUUGCCGCCGCCACCGUACUGGGUUUUGUCGUGCUCAAAGCACUGCACAGCGCCGGUACGCAUGUGCGUUACUAAUGUUAAACUAGCGGGAUAAUACGCAAGCAUACAGGCAUACAAUGCAACACAUASACCGUAAAGCUGUAUAGAAUCRCGCAGCGUUUCCAAUAGGAACUCUUGUAAUAUUCUACUAUGAUAAGAUCCCACUACACUCGCGUUCCACACUCCAUCCAUCUAGAAAAUUGUACAAAACAUUCUAAUUUGUUAAGUUUCGUUGGCGAACGCGCUUUAACCGGCGCCAGAGAAAUUGUUUUGUGGAAAUUCUUUGUGAGGAAAAGAUUUGAAAAUUAUUUGCAACUACUAUGAAAAAUUUUAUUUUAACGUGAAAAAACAUCGAAAAAUCCAUUGUAAGAAAAAUUGUAAGAACUUUAGUUUAAUGCUUAUUUAAAAAGAGUAUACAUAAUUUAUGUAAAGGAGCGUACAUACGCAUAUGUAUAUCGUUUCAUAAAUGACAUGUUUUUGUUUGUAAAUACAUAUUUACUAACCUUAAAAAAUUGUUUAAUGCACCUCGAUGAUAUCUGCGAUUCGUUUACCGCAUAUAUCCAUAAUUUAGCGCUGUCAUCAUUAUAUUACACAUUUGUAAUAUUGUAUCUACAUUUAUAUAUACAUACGUAUACUCUAUAAAUAGUAAUAAAAUAAUUUUAACAUUGAACUAA